UCGAAAAACAGCACGGACCCUUCUUCGUUUGCUCGAACCCGUAACCGCUUGCUCUAGCUGUGAUCUGUCAGCUAGCCGUGUGUCUUGCUUCUUUGUGCUCGUAUAAUAGGCGAUAGCGUCUAUCCACCCCCACCCCUUGACCCCACCUUCCAGGGCAGAAGCGCUUUCUUGUUGUGGAGAAAUUGAAACGCAAUCGACCGCCGAUCGUCGAUCACAGAGAUAAGGACACGAGACCUCCUCGUUUGCCAGCCCUAUCAGCGACUGUCCAUAUAUAUAAGAAGCGACACCCCCUCUCCGCGCGCGUGACAUCCCCUUCGAUCGCCCCUCACCCUUUUCCUUUCCUACCUCAAGUCGACCUAGCAGGAAGGAAAUCGAUCUCACAGAUAUGCAGUCAGGAUACGACGAGAAGAACUAUGAGGCUGGCAAGGAGGGCGUCGUGGACCCCUCAAGGGAUGCUUAUGGGUACACCGAGCCUAUCGGCGAGGACGUCGAGGUCAGGGAAGAGGAGACCAAGCGAGAGCUCAAGCCGAGGCAGAUUAGUAUGAUUGCUAUUGGAGGUGCUAUCGGAACCGGUCUCGUCAUCGGAUCUGGAAGUUCGCUGGCACGAAGCGGACCUGGGUCUUUGUUCAUCAGUUAUCUGGUCAUGGGUAUCGUCUGUUUCGCCGUCAUGUUGGCCUUGGGAGAAAUGUCGACCAAGUUCCCUUCCAAGAAAGGUUUCGCCGGUCAUGCCACUCGAUUCGUCGACCCCGCCUUCGGUUUCGCCACUGCCCUUGUUUACUUGUGCAAGUACUUGAUCAUCUCGCCCAACCAGAUCAUUGCUGGGUCGCUUGUCAUCCGAUUCUGGAACUCCGAGAUCAACUCUGCCGCCUGGGUCACCAUCCUGAUCGUCUUUGUCAUUGCUAUCAACACCUUCGGAAUCAAGGCUUUCGGAGAGGUCGAAUUCUGGCUGAGUUUGAUCAAGAUUCUCACCCUGACCGGAUUGAUCCUGCUUGGUUUGAUCAUCGAUCUCGGUGGUGUUCCCGGACAGGAACGUCUUGGUUUCCGAUACUGGAAGAACGGCAAGGCUUUCCUUCCUUACAAGAAGGAAGGCGACCUCGGAAAGUUUUUGGGUUUCGUCAACGCUCUCGUCCUGGCCUUGUUUGCUUACAUGGGAACUGAGCUUAUCGGAGUUACCGUUGGAGAGGCUAAGAACCCCCGAAAGACCGUCCCCUCGGCUAUCAAGAAGACCUUCUGGCGUAUCUUGUUUUUCUACAUCAUCGGAGUCCUUAUCGUCGGAAUGAUCGUCGACUCCAAGUCUCCCCUCCUUGCCCAGGCCGCCAAGAAGGGAACUGCUGGAGGAGCUAGUGCUUCUCCCUUCGUCGUUGCCAUCACCUCUGCCGGAAUCAAGGGUCUUCCCUCCUUGAUCAACGCGUGCAUCUUGAUCUUUACCUUCUCGGCCGCCAACUCGGACCAGUACAUUGCUUCCCGAACCUUGUACGGUAUGGCUCGUGACGGACACGCUCCCAAGAUCUUUGCCAGGUGCACCAAGCGAGGUGUCCCUUACGUCUCGUUCAUCUUCACCGGUUGCUUCAUGGGAUUGGCUUACCUCGUCGCAUCGUCUGACGGUUUGACCGUCUUCAACUACUUUGUCUCGGCGGUCACCAUCUUCGGAGCCCUCACCUGGAUCUCGAUCUUGGGAUCUUACAUCGGUUUCUUCAGGGCCAUGAAGGCUCAAGGGAUCUCGCGAGACACCCUCCCUUACAAGUCCCCCUUCCAGCCUUACCUCAGCUACAUCGCGCUGUUCUUCACCGUCGCGCUCUCCAUCUUCAAGGGUUUCGAUUCGUUCAUGCCCACCUUCCAAUACAAGACGUUCAUCACCCACUACAUCGGAAUUCCGAUCUACGUCAUCGGAUACUUUGGCUACAAGUUCAUGUACAAGACCAGGUUGGUCAGCCCUUACGAGGCCGACCUUUCUACCGGUGGACGAGAGUUCGAGGACUUGAACGAGUUCGAAGAGGCAGAUUCCAUCCACGGCAUGACCCUCAAGGACAAGAUUAUCUACAAGGUCAAGAACUUCUGAGCGACGGUAGAUGGAUACUUUACGGAAAUGGUGGUUUCGAGGACAGAUAUAUUUAGGCAAAAUCGUCAAGUGAUUUUUUCUCCAUCGGUGUAUAUUUUGUUUUAGCAGUAUCGUGGAAUGAGAUAGGGCAUUUUAUAACAUCUAUUGGCAUCAGA